GAUGCACAGAGAAUCGACUCGGCGGCGUUGUCGUCCGUUUAGUCACACACGCGAAGUACCACAUCAGUUAGCCAGGCAGCUCAGUUGAGAAGUGAUCUUGAUAGCCAGCACAUCGUACCUUACACACGGCGGCGCACACGUGCUACUUGCGUCCAUCCCUUCUCCUCCGAAUCGUUAACCGAGCGAGUCCGCCGCUCGCUCGGCAAAGCGACGCCGCUGUCCGCCGAUCAGUCCGUCGCCGUCACCGGUCGCAUUCCGCGCCGUACCUUGCUUACUUCGGACCAUACGUAUUAUGUAAUACAAAAAUAAACAGAUACCUACGUUGAAUACCAAGGAACCACGUGUAUGUACACACCGGCCGGCAUACCACUGGAAGUAUCCUCGCGACGCUCAACAUUAUCGCGCUCUGGAUACGCGACGAAGGGCAUCUUGACGGUGGCUGGGACUACCGGUAUUCCCUCUUUGCUCCGGAUUACACACAUACCCAGGAUUUUAUGGCAACGUGAUAAUUUUGAGUGUUUUUUUCAUAGAUAUUCUAACGUCAUUCUACCUGUUCAGUAUUUUAUCGAAAUAAUUGUGUCUUGAAUAUAAGUGAAAUGUCGAAUUCCGUGGAGCAGCAAUUCAGCGAGCUUAAUUUAUCACAAGAAGAUCAUGAUCAAAUAUUUGAACAAGACGAUUCCCAAGAUCUGAGCCGAUCAUCCAAGGUCCUCAUCAGUGGUCUACCGUUGCACAUUCGUUUCGACAACAUCGACGCCCUACUCUCGCAGUAUGGCAACGUGCAACAUUGCGACAAAGCUAACUCGCGCGAUGCCAACACCCAAGCGGUGUUUAUCACCUUCGAGACCUCGGAGCAAGCGCAACAGGCCAUCAACGGUUUGAACGGUUACGAGUUGGAAGGGAGUCGUAUGAAAGUGGAAGCGGCAGAGCAAAAUGCGCGAGGUGGACGACGCGGGCGUCCGGGCGGCGGCCGCGGCGGCGGCGGCGCUAGCGGCGGCGGCUCACGGCCCACGGACUUCCCACUGCGGCUGCUGGUGCAGAGCGACAUGGUGGGCGCCAUCAUCGGCCGCCAGGGUAGCACUAUCCGGCUCAUCACGCAGCAGAGCCGCGCUCGCGUCGACGUGCACCGCAAGGACAACGUCGGCUCCCUCGAGAAGGCCAUCACCAUCUAUGGCAAUCCUGAAAACUGCACUAAUGCAUGCAAAAGAAUACUUGAGGUCAUGCAGCAGGAGGCCAACAACACAAAUAAAGGGGAAAUUUCGCUGAAAAUCCUAGCGCAUAAUAAUUUAAUUGGGCGCAUCAUAGGAAAAGGCGGCACUACAAUCAAGAGAAUCAUGCAGGAAACCGACACAAAGAUUACGGUGUCCUCCAUCAAUGACAUCAACAGUUUUAACCUAGAACGUAUCAUAACUGUGAAGGGAACCAUUGAAAAUAUGGCAAAGGCGGAGUCACAAAUUUCAGCAAAGUUGCGCCAGAGCUAUGAAAAUGAUUUGCAGGUGCUGGCGCCUCAAAGCAUAAUGUUCCCGGGUCUGCAUCCCAUGGCGAUGAUGUCGACCGGGCGCGGCGGCUUCUGCGGCGCCACGCCGCCGUUCCCGCCGCCCAUCUACGCUCCCAUGGCUGGACAAGGCGGCGCGCAGCAGGGGGCUGGUGACUCGCAGGAGACCACGUACCUGUACAUCCCUAACAACGCGGUGGGUGCCAUAAUCGGCACGAAGGGCUCUCACAUUCGCAACAUCAUCCGGUUCAGCAACGCGUCCGUGAAGAUCGCGCCCCUGGAGCAGGCAGCAGACAAGCAGGCCGAGGGCCAGAACAACGCCCAGCCCGAGCGCAAGGUCACCAUCGUCGGCAGCCCGGAGGCUCAGUGGAAGGCUCAAUACCUUAUCUUCGAGAAAAUGCGGGAGGAAGGGUUCAUGUCGGGGUCAGACGACGUGCGGUUGACCGUGGAGAUCGUGGUGGCGUCGUCGCAGGUGGGGCGCAUCAUCGGCAAGGGCGGGCAGAACGUGCGCGAGCUGCAGCGCGUCACCGGCUCGCUCAUCAAGCUGCCCGAACAGCCGCAACAGCAGGGCCAGCCGCCGCAGGACCACGACACCACCGUGCACAUCGUCGGCCCUUUCUACAGCGUCCAGUCGGCUCAGCGCCGCAUCCGAGCGAUGGUGGCGCAGGCGAGCGCGCCGGGCCGCCAUCGCCGCGCCGCGCCGCCGCCGCCGCCCGCGCAGCAGUAAGCCGUUGCCACCCACCCGCGCGCCCACAUACCAUCUCACCCUCACCGCCUCGACCCUCGCUCCACCGCUAGCCGCGGCCGGCCUUCGUUGUCUGGCGAGUACCCUUCAGUCACCCGAGUGUAUGACUUGGUGACCUUGACGGUACUUACCUCGUAGUUAGACAUAUUCAUAAGAAACUAUGAUAAAGUUGCUGACUUGAUAGGUUCUACAAGAGUUGUCCGACUGAUGCGCAGGCAGGCUGUUGUGUUGGCAGCAUAUUGUGUCCAAAUGUUGUUGUUGAUAUUAUUGUAGUGAAUUGUAAUUAAUAACUAUUGAUAAAUCCAUAUUUUUACCCCGGGAUUAUAUAUGUUGAUGAUGAUUAAUAUUUGAAUAUAUACUAUUCAUAUACACUAUUUUCUUAACGAUAUAGUGCCACUUAAGUAUAUGAAUCUGAUGCCGCGCAUAUAGUUUAUUGUUAUAGUUUUCAUACCAUGUUAUUCUGCUACAUUAUAAAAGAGUUGUCAUAUACCGCAAUAGUUAAUGAUUAUGUUCUCUAUACAUAUACACAUGUUGUUAACAAUAGCUAUAUUAUCACUCCAUUAUUAUACAAACGAGAAGUAAAUAUUUUGUUUUGUUAUAAAAUAAUAGAUUAAUCUGUUAUAAUCACUACACUGUUAAUAUUAUUUAAUGGGUGUGUGGGAUACAAACCGACUACUUAGGAACGGAUAUAAACAUGAUAUGGCUUUACCGAGGAGGCUCAAUGAAUGAACAGACAGAUGCUUUUGCGAGUAUAUUGUAAUGAUCUAAAACGAUACAGAAUUUGCAUUUCUGCUUGCAUGCUGAUAGUUGAAGAAUGUUGUACAAUGAUUAUACAAAAUGAACGUGUGCGUUGGGUGCGAAGUAAGUAAUCCAAAGAGAGGCCGCCGGUCGUGUGACGGGCCGGCAGCGAGACAGCCUUGACUAGACUAGACACAGGGCAGGGCGGGCCGGCGCGCUCGGACGCUGGACGCGGCCCGCUUGCGCCGUCGCUCCCGCGUCCGCGCCCGCGCCCGCGCCCGCGCCUGCCCUGACCUGCCACGGUGAUGAUAAAUCCACCUAUGAUGGAUAUAAAUAUUUUUGAUAUAAUAGUAAUUGUUGGAAAGUAAGAAAUAAACGUACGAGUUUUAAUUUGUAAGUGAUUUGUUGACCGUUUUCUUUGUAAUUUUGUCUUUGUUAGCUUUAUGAUGUUUUCUUGUAUGAAACUAUGGUAAAAGAUUUUGAGAAUUUAGAAGACACCGUAGCGUUUAAUGGUGCCAGUGGAAGCGUAUUGUUUGAAUCUAUCGUGAUAUGUUUUAUUAUUGAAAUGUACGAUUUGUGUUACUAUUGUGCCAAGUGAGAUAUUUUAACUAUGAGAUAUUAAGAUUAAGUGAAUAAUAUCAAAAUUAAUGAAAGCUAAGAUAUUUAUAUUUAUAAUUGUGAUAAUAAUAUAUGGAAGUUUUGGCAAAAAGAAUGUUAACAUUCUUAUUUUAUUUUGUAAUAUCCCAAAUGCAUUAAAAUAAUUUUCAUAUCAUUUUGCCUAAAAUCAUAUACUUAAAAAAGUUUCGCCUAUAGUAAUAAGCCCGCGGCGGCGAUGAACUAAGUUUUAUAUCUUCCUAUUGGACGUAAUUCAUUUUGACACAAAGGAUUUGUAAUGCUUCCACAUAUUAUUGAAAAUAAUCUCACAUUUGGCAUGGAUCCUUAUAGCGUUCCAGUAUUAUUUAGGAUUGACGGUAUAAUCCGCGAAGCGAUGGUACUUUCAUCGUGUACAUUAUGGUUCGAGUUAUAUUCGAUAGCCUCGUCGAGCCGCCUGCAAUCCGCCCGAGGCUACUGACGAGACGGCCGGCGAGGUGUUCCCGUACAUAGAUGGCCCGACUGUUAAGAUAUGCUGAAACGUUAAAAGGUCGUAACAUUAGACUUACACAUCAGACAUGUAAUAAUAAAACACACCCUUGUACCACUAAUAUUGUCUGCAGGGAGCUGUGCCCGCCUCGCGGCCGAGUGCAGGCACGCGCGCCUCGAGGCGGGUGUGGCUCCCUCGAGUGCUUGGUAUUUAAUGUAUUCGCUUCCGUUUGAAAUACUUAUGUACGGUCGUCGACUUUACUUAAUUAGUUACUUAUGGGUAACUUGCACAGUGAUACAGAAACCUCGAGCUCCGCGAUCUUACCGGAGAGUAUUCGCAACUGACAUGUAAACCUUGGACUACAUAGCAUAUAGAGCUAUAGCUACUUAAUGUUAUCAAUUCAUUUGAUAUAGAAUUUACAGUCUAGGAAAUAACGAAAGACUGACAAAUCAAUGCAAAAUAGUGCUUGUUGGCACACCAGAAACAUCAGGACUUAGCCCAGUCGACAAUAGAAGAAACUGAUUGACCGAGCCGGCUGUUCUUACAGAGUACGAAACUAAUGGAUUCCGUGAAGGGCAGUGCAGUAGCGAGCAUCUGUAAAUACGUUGUGUUAAAAAAAGUAUUUGAUUAGUAGCUUUAUUGGACAAUCAAUUUGCGCGCUGGUGUACAUUAUAAUCAUCAAUCGGUAUGUUAUCUGACGAGUUUUCGCCUAGCUUGAGACGAGUCGCGUUGAUGGGACAGAGACAGUCGGUGCCAGACAAGCUGGGCAGUGCGUCUGUUAAGGUUAACAAGAACCGAAUGUCGCUAACUCAUCGACUGACUGCAUAUUUUCUGUGCUUGUAAUAGGGUGCGGCCACACAUAUCGGGAUUCGGCGAAUAUUCGUAAUUGCGUCUCUUUAUUUUCCCAGCGAGAGACUCCAUCACGAUUCACGAAUAUUCACCGAAUGCCGAUAUGUCUGGCCACAGCAUUACAUUGCGGCACGCUUAACAAUUUACGAAGUUCCUUUUCGGGUAUUUAUUCUGAGGAAAAUGACAGCAUUAAUCAUACAUUCCAAUACAUGACAUCACAUUUGUUAAAGGUGCUGACACAUUUUUUAGAAUUAAUAUCUAGGUGUAAUCUUUGCUAGUCUCAUUAUUUUUUCAUCAAACUAUAUUUUGAGGGAAAACUAUUGAAACGAGUCGAGAAGAUGUCCACCUGCUAUAGGGCCAAAGAUAAUCCGUAAUAGUUUGGUCCUUUUCGUGUUUUUGUGUGAUGUCGUGCAAACUUCUGCUCGGCAAAAGUUUGGAUACGUUCAUUCUGUCGAGAUGUAAAAUAAUUACUGUUAAUUGGUGACUCAGUCAGUUUACCUUAUAAGGAUUUGUAAUCUAAAUUGACUACAAAAUUCAAAAUGCAAAUUUAUUAGUCAUGCUGUUAGCAGUUUAUUUCUAUACUUCAAUGUAACACAUCCCAUUGUAGGGAAAUAGUAUGCAUUCUUAAUGUUGCUGUUAAUUAUAAUGUGUUGAAUCGAUUAAACGUUCAUCUUGGUGUAACAUUUCACGUCAUCAUCAUAAUAAUAAAUACACAAGUAUUGUUCAUAUUAUUAUAAUUAUACUGGACAAAAGAUAUCGGCCGCUCAUGUGUCGUGCGGCGCGUGGCGCGUCAGGCAGUGCGAAUGAACGCCGCCGCCGCAGGACGCAUCAGGCGGCAACGACCCAUCGGAGUAAAUGUACUGUUACUAUCACGACGGAAAAAGUGUACAUAUACAGGCAUGUUGUUUAUUCCUUCCAAAUAUAAAAAGAGGGUACAUUAUCAUUUGUAAUGUGUUAGGCUGCAGAAAUAGUUUUAGUUGAUUAAUUGUAUCGUUGUGAAGUAGUGUUAAGUUGAGUAUGACGCGGACGGCGCGCGGCGCGCGGCGCGCGGCCCGAGACUGAACUACACCCCUGCCGCACGCGCCGGCGCCGGCGCAUUCAUUACUUUACAUGUCAUUCUCGCUAUUGAUAUACUGCGUCAUUCUUGUUUGAUGGUUCUACUGUUAUUUACAUAUUUCUUUCUCAUGUGUGUGUAACCACUGUUUUGUGCAUUCGCUGUGUGAUCGACAGAAUUACCAAUUUCAUUUAUGUGCAUGAUUGUAUUUUAUAAAUAAAGUCUGUGAAUGGAAUGGUACAAUUUUAUUAAGGACGUUAUUUAUCGGAGAAAGUCGAGCACACAUAGCAUUUUUGGUACCUAAUUUAGUUUACUUAUUAUUUUAUUAUUACUGUAUUUGUUGUAACUUGAACUUGGCGGGGAUGUGGAGCACUCAAUCUAUUGUUCGUAUGUUACACUCCCUUCAGUCUUAAUAUAUAUUGAUGUUCCAUCGAGUCUAUAGCUAAUAGUGUUUGUAUGUAUGUGAAUGUACGUACAUAGCCGGAAGGAGCGCGGCCGGCCGCGGCCCGGGCGGGCUCGGCGACGGCGACGGCGCUCCGUUUAGAUAGAGCUGUUAUUGUUGCUUGUAAUGUAACAUAAACGUAUUAAGGUCCAAUAUACAUACAUUUUAUCAGUUAUAAACGUUCAAACUUCACUGUUUGAACACACAUUUCACCAAAAUUUUCUUUGAUUAUUGUUAUUUUUACAACCAUUUUAAUUGGUAUAAGUUCUGAAACUAAUAACUACCUCAAUAUUACUAAAUGAAUAUGAUAAUUAUCUUUGUGCAUGUUUUUGGGAACUGACUUUGAAACGAAAAUUCAAUAUAGAUAAGAUUGCUAUUUUAAACAUAGUAACAGAAAAUUGUCAAAAUUAGGUUUCUUAUCGUAAUAAAAGUAAUGAAAAUUU